AUGGUUAGGGAAGGAAUAGUGCUAGGACACUUUGUGUCUGAAAGAGGGAUUGAGGUAGACAAAGCUAAAAUUGAAGUAAUUGAACAACUACCUCCACCUGUGAAUAUAAAAGGAAUUCAAAGCUUUCUUGGCCAUGCUGGUUUUUAUCGUAGAUUCAUAAAAGAUUUUUCAUUCAUUGCUAGACCACUUACUCUUUUGCUAGCCAAGGAUGCUCCUUUCGAAUUUGAUGAUGCAUGUCUAACAUCUUUCAAUUUAUUAAAGAAAGCACUCAUCUCUGCACCAAUCAUUCAACCCCCUGAUUGGUCGUUACCUUUUGAAAUUAUGUGUGAUGCUAGUGAUUAUGCUGUGGGGGCAGUAUUGGGACAAACUAAAGAUAAGAAGCAUCAUUCAAUUGCUUAUGCCAGGUAUGUACCACCAGGAGCAAACAAGAAGAAGCUUAUUCAAGAAAGUCGUUCACAUAUAUGGGAUGAGCCAUACCUCUUCCGAGUUUGCUUUGAUGGCUUACUCAGGAGAUGUGUGACCACUGAGGAAAGAUGUGGGCCAUGUCAAAGGCACGGAAACAUAAAUACAAGGGAUGCAAUGCCACUCACCAACAACCUUCAGAUUGAGCUCUUCGAUGUCUGGGGAAUAGACUACAUGGGUCCAUUUCCUCCAUCAAAGAAGUGCGAGUACAUCUUGGUGGCGGUUGACUAUGUCUCCAAGUGGGUAGAGGCAUUACCUUGCAAGCAUGCCGACAACGUCAGUUCAAAGAGGAUGUUUGAAGAAAUUAUAUUUCCAAGAUUUGGAGUUCCCAGAGUAGUGAUAAGUGAUGGAGGAGCACACUUCAUCGACAAACGCUUCAAGCAAUAUCUAUCAAGACAUGGAAUCCGUCACAACGUCGCUACCCCCUAUCAUCCUCAGACAAGUGGCCAAGCAGAGACUUCCAACAAACAAAUCAAGAAUAUUCUUCAGAAGACAGUAAAUGAAAUGGGAACGGCGUGGAAAGACAAGUUACCCGAUGCACUCUGGGCAUACCGGACAGCAUACAAGACCCCAAUUGGAAUGUCUCCAUACCAAUUGGUGUACGGAAAGACUUGCCAUCUACCUGUUGAACUAGAGUUCAAAGCACACUGGGCCAUAAAGAGAUGGAAUAUGGACCUAGAUGUUGCUGGAGAUUAUAGAAGAAUGCAACUAUCAGAAUUGGAAGAAUGGCGAGAGAAGGCAUAUCACAAUUCAAAGAUCUACAAAGAAAGAGUCAAGAGGUGGCAUGACAAGAUAAUCAAGAAGAAGGAGUUCACACCCGGAGAUAAGGUAUUACUUUUUAAUUCCAGGGUAAAGCUUUUCGGGCAUGGAAAACUCCGGAGCAAAUGGGAAGGA